UUUGGUUUAGUUCUGCAUGUGAGUCCUCUUCUUUGUUUGUGACUAACCUUGACCCUGGUACACUUUAAAGGCCGACUGUGGACCAAGUCUGAGAAGCGUUUUAAAAAGAAGAAACUCUUCAAACACUUGUCAGACGUCUAGUUUUCUCUUUUAUUGAUAAUGUCUCUGGAUGACGUGUAAUGGGGACGUAAAUAUGUGUUUACAUUUUCAAUCAUUCGUACCUCCAUUAGCUGGGGGGGGUCCAGAUAAAUCCCGGAGACGCCCCUGCAUGAAGGAAGAGCUCAGCUUUAAGAAGAUCAGACAUCCGGAGCGAGCUUGGAGUAAAGCUGCUUCUCAUCAGCAUGGAAAGGAGCCAGUUAAAGACGCAUCCUAUGGGCCACUCUGAUUGGACGUUUGUCCAGCCACAUUAAACUAAAGGACCUCAGGGUUGGACCCAGAACAUGCUGGAGGGAACAUAGACCUCAUCAGGUCUGAAACCACCUCUAACUCCAGCAGGAGGAGGAGCAGGAGAACCGUGCUGUGACAUCUGAUGAGUCGGGCUACAGCCCGGCCCGGAUCCCUGCCAUCAUCUGCGUCAGUUACUGUUACUUAGAGCAACAUUUCUGUGAUCCUAUUAUAUGUAAUCUAUUACCUUCCAGCCAAUAGCUGCCAAUCCUCUCAGAGGAUUAUCAGGAUAAGAUGUCAUACCCGGUGCUGAGCACACACACCCACAUCCAAACAGUCUGCUGGCUGUCCUCGUACUUUUCCAUUCAGGAGGAGUCAGACCAGAGAUGAUGCUGGGACACACGAGGAGACAGGUACACUAUCAACUUUGUGUGUGAACUUUGACCUGAAUGAAACCUGUAACUCUUUCCUGUUUGGUUCUUUGGCAGAACUUCCACCUGUUGGUCCUUCAAAAUGAGAAUCAUCAGCUUGUUUCUCAGACGUUGUGCAUGGUGCAUUUAAGGACAUCAACAGGUCAAACACUCUGACCUGCUCAUAUUAGGUCCAAUGGUUUCUCUCAUGAUAUGUGGAUAUGAUCACCUCCUGAAGGUCUCUGUUCAUCAGCUGACUCUUUAACCGGAGACUGAGGAGGAUCCUGAAGGAACCAACAUGAAGGGUUUUAAUGGAUCCUGGUUUGACAUUUUCCUACAGUAUGAUUUCUUCAUGCUGGUCUCUUAGAAAUCCAUCCAGACUUUGUUUCAGCUCUUCAACAACAACUUGUUUCAGGUGAUUGAACCAUUGUGUCUGAACCUUUGACCUGGCGAAGACUUGUCAGGAUCUGGUCUGGGUUUGAAUCUGGAUUCACAGGAUCAGAAUCAUCACCUUAACUGGACCAAAGGAGAGCAAGACUUUCACUGCUCUCCUCUAAACCAGUCCCCAAAACACGCUCUGAUGAUUGGAGCAGCUGAAGCUCCUCCACAGAGACGUGUUCGGGAUGAUUCAGAGGUUGACGGGGUCAGACUGGUUUGUGUUAACGUCACAAAAACUCUGGACCUCUUUGUGCCAUCAUGCCUGACCCUGAAGGUGCAGAAACUUAAGGUGCAAACACUGAUUCUCCGUUGGACGUCACUCUGAGCUGCUUUGGAUAAAAGUCAACGAAGGAGGAGAGAGACUGAGUGUCCAGAAUGAAGUGGACGUUUGUUUUACUGACCUGGUGGUGGUUCCAGCUCGUUUCUGGAGACUUUGCUGCCACUGAUGAACUCUCCGACGUUCGGCAUGAUGCAGAUGUUCCCUCACACACACUCACAGACACACACUCUGAUGUCCAACACGAUGCAGAUGUUCCCUCACACACACUCACAGACACACACUCAGAUGUUCAACAGGAUGCAGAUGUUCCCUCACACACACUCACAGACACACACUCAGAUGCAUCCGACAUGAACUUCCAAACAGGCAGAGAUGUCCAGGACACUAACUGGGACCUUCCAGACAUCCACAAGGACAACUAUGAGGACGCUGACUGGCAUCCUACGUCCACCCUCCGGGAAACGCACCACGACCUGCACCCCGAUGCUCCACCUGUGAUGCGCAGCAUCAACGUGGGUGUUGGAGAAAGCACCAACCAGAGUCUAACGGAACAGUGCGGCGAGUACAGCAGCCAGCUGACAUCUAGCGGUCAGUGUCAGCUGACGGCCACGCUGCCUCCCGUGACAGGGGGACCAUCCCAGAAACGCUGCCCGGAUAUGUUCCGCUGCACAGACGACAUCUCUUAUUGGCUGCACGAGAACCAGAACAGAAAAGAACAGCUGGAUGAGCUGAGGGAGACGAUGUCAGAGCUGCAGGAAGAGCUGAGGAACCACCGGCAUCGAGUGAAGGCACUGGAGCUGCAGAGUGAAGAAAAUGUGACUUCAGUCCAGACUCUUGAACCACGGCUACAUGCCCUGGAGUUACGUCAGGCUAAGAUGGACACGCUGCUGCAUGUGCACGCCGCGCUGCUGUCCGAGCUGCAGGCUCAGCUCGGUAACCUGUCAGCGACUGUGCAGCGAAUUAGCCUGAACACGGGCUGCAAGAUCAACGUCAUCAGAACAACGUCACUGCUCAACAUGCGGGACACGCUGCCACCAGAUGGAGCACACCUGUCUCUUUGUCCGUCAGACUGUGCGUCUCUGUAUCAUAACGGUGUGCGGCGCUCUGGUGUGUACAGCAUCGUCUUGUCUCCGGGUUCCUCCAGGCCUGUCUACUGUGACAUGGAGACAGAGGGCGGCGGCUGGACGGUGCUACAGCGACGGCGUGACGGCUCGGUUAGUUUUAACCGUGGCUGGUUGGAGUACCGAGAAGGUUUCGGUGAGCCGCGAGGAGAACACUGGCUGGGAAACCAACAGCUUCACCUGCUGUCCAACCAGGGACACUACAGUCUGCGUAUUGACCUGCAGGACUGGAGCAACGCCCACAGACACGCCCAGUACCGCACCUUCAGGAUCGACGAUGAGGAGAACCAUUACCGCCUUCAUGUGUCUGGUUUCAACGGUACGGUGAAGGACUCGUUCAGUUGGUACCAUGACCAGCAGAGCUUCAGCACACCAGACACGGGAAACAUCUGCGCUGAGAUCAGCCACGCGGGCUGGUGGUACCAUCAGUGUUUCUACGCCAACCUCAACGGAGUCUACUACAAGGGGGGGCACUACUCUCUGAAAGCUCAGAACCUGCUGGGACCGGACGGCAUCGUGUGGUUCUCCUGGAAAGAAUCAGACUUUUACUCUCUGAAGGCGGUCACCAUGAUGAUACGACCCAGCAACUUCAGACCCGGCCUGUCGCCAUAGUGAUGGAGUGUUUAUCACCAUGGCAACGAGAACAGCAAUCUGAGGCUUUGCUAGGCAUUUCUUCGCACUGUAGUGAUGACACAUUCACAUCUGAACCAAAUAUGUUUUUAUCUGCUGCUGAACGAAGAACAGAACUUUUUUAAACAUUCAUUUUAUUUGAGGCCUUGAAGAAACAUGCUCCCUUAGUAACCAGGAAAAAUCACACUCACGAGUUCUUGAUCAACUCCAGAAUUCGAGGCGUCUGGAACAUGAUGCUCUGAUUGGACGCAGUGGAGAACAGAAGCAAACGUUGGGUUGAAUGUGGUACAUUUGAUCAGCUCACAUUUGUACAUUAAUUUAUUUAUAAAUUGUAGAAAUAGGAGUAAAAAAAUGUUCUUUCUUUUCUGUGAUUAAACA